AUACACGGGGGCAAUUGAUCGUGGGGAAUCGCUGCAACUGCAACAGCGAUUCGAGGGGAGGGAUGGUGGAUCACAACGCGCUCGUGGAGGAGGCGGCGCGGCUGGCGGAGGCUGCCCGAGAGCUCCAGGACGCUGCCGCCGCCCUCAUUUCCAGGACCGGGAACGAGGAGCAAUCCCUGCGCCAGCGCACCCUGGCCCUCGAAUCCGACCUUCGGAGGAUCCAGGCGUCGCUCGACUCCGUCGCCAAGAAGAAGUGUGGUCCUGGCGGCGGAGGAUGCAUCGAUCCCAAGAUCGCUGAGAAGGUUGAUGAAGAGUUGUGCAGGGCAAGAUGUCUUAUCGUCGAUGGUGACAUCGCAUCGCUACUUCCCAGCAAAGCUCAUGGUCUGUUCUUGAAGAGUUUUCUUGGCCCUCUCAAUGUACGAGCAACAAGGAAGGAUGUGCAGCUGAAAGUGAAGGAGGAGUAUAAUAGCUAUAGGGACAGAACCGCCUUCUUAUUUCUUGUAUUUCCAUCCACUUUGCUUUUUUUGCGAUCGUGGGUUUGGGAUGAAUGCAUUCCACCCUUGCCUGUCCAACUAUAUCAGGCUUGGCUGUUAUAUCUCUACACAACUUUAGCCUUGCGGGAGAACAUAUUGCGAGUAAAUGGAAGCGAUAUUCGUCCUUGGUGGAUUUACCAUCAUUAUUGUGCCAUGUUGAUGGCUAUUAUUAGUCUCACAUGGGAAAUAAAGAGACAACCUGAUUGUGCUUAUAAGCAGAGAGGAGUGCAACUAUUCCUGGUGUGGGCCAUGAUGCAAGGUGUUUCCAUGCUGUUACAGAACAGAUAUCAACGGCAAAGGCUAUAUACUCGCAUUGCAUUGGGCAAGGCAAAAAGAAUGGAUGUUGUAUGGGGAGAAACUGCUGGUGUUGAAGGUCAGCUCCUACUGUUAUGCCCCAUCCUUUUCAUUUUGCAGGGAUUUGAAGCAUUUGUCGGCUUGUUACUGCUACGGACAGCUAUUGUUGGUGUGAUCCAGGAGUGGCAGGUUAUCGUCUGUGGAAUAUUGCUUGUUCUGAUGGCAAUAGGUAAUUUCGCAAACACACUGCAGACGCUUAUGGCUAAAUCAAGAUUCAAAGCGAAGAUGAAAAGAACAAAGAGCAAGCAGGACUUAUGAUCAUGAAUUCACUCAAAAGGCAUCGUUACCCAGAAAAUGCUCGAGCUCACACCAUCUUUUGAAACCGCUGCCAUGUGACAAAAUGUCAAAGCAUGUGCAGAAUGAAAUGCUGUGUGUACAGAUCGGUCUGGUGCCAUAUUAGUUUAUCGAACAAUGCCUCAUCAUAAAGGUUUCGUGUGGUUCUGCUCAAUUAAGUCGCUUGUUCUUGCGAGAUCGUUAAUGUUUUGUUUUGUUGUUGUUGUACUACAAAUGUGAAAUCUGAGAGAAUUGUGAGACUUAAAGAUGGAAUAAGGUCUGAUCCAGUUGAAUUCUUCUAUACGA